AUGCACCCCAGUCGCCAGAAGUACCCCAAUGACUUCGACCUGCACUGGGUGAGGAUGGCGCGACCUCACUACUUUGACCCCAAGUGGCGAUUCAUCGUCGCCGUGGUCAAGGACGAGGCGGGCAAGGAGGUGAUCGCUGGGUGCGGGCAGUGGUCAAGGAUGGGAGACGGCGGAAAGGGCAUGAGAUACGGCUGGUUCGACCCUCGAAGAUACGCCCGUCCGCUCAUGGCAGCAGCCAUGAAGAUCCAUGCGCGCAUCUGGCCGAACCGCGCCGCCGACCCGGCCGAGGAGGACGUCAUCGAGCGGGCGAUGCCGCUGGUAGCAGACUCGUGGGCAGGCGACAGGGCCGAGUGCUGGAAUCUGGAGAUCAUGGCCGUGCACCCGGAGCACCAGGGCAGAGGGGUCGGGCGGUUGAUCGUGAAGUGGGGGCUGGACCGUGCGGACGAGGAAAGGGUGUGCGCAUCUGUCAUCAGCUCCAAGGGCAAGGAGCCGUUCUACCUGAAGUGUGGCUUUAACCUCGAAGAUGGGCGUGUGGGGAGGGGGGAGGGUAACCCGCUCGCAUGGUGGGAUGGCGGGAGGAUGUUUUGGAGGAUACCUGGCACGACGGUCUGA